CCAGGCGCACGUGGACGCGGUAUGUGCAACAAACGCGGAGUUCCCUUCAUCGCGCACUUCGAGGAGAGAGCAUCUGUCCUGUCGCCCGAUGGCGAAGUAGCGAACCAGGAAGGUGGAAUCCUUGGACGCACGAGCGGAGGAGCGGAACAGUUCACUCUGGCAGUUGCCUCCAUCAACAAGCAGAGAAAGACCACCACGGAGUGCACGAGUUAGUGGUCGCUCGCUUGUGUGUGUGUCUAUGUGUAUCUGUGUGCGUGUGUGUGUGUGAGAGAGAGAGAGAGAGGGGGAGAGAGAAGGAACGAGAGAGAGGGAGAGAGGUGGGCAGAGGCCAGGAGAAGCGGCGGAGCUCUGAGGACACCACUAGAGAGAGAGAGAGAGAGAGAGAGAGAGAGAGAGAGAGAGAGAGAGAGAGAGAGAGAGAGAUCAGAGGACCGGGUCUGCAGAGAGCACGAGAAGCGGCGGAAGUCUGCGGCCAGAGAACUCCUUUACCGCUUUCUCCCCGCCAAUCUCUGAUUGUCUACUGAAUCUGCCGGGCUUGUUGCAUGCUUUCGACCAUCUACUGAAAACACUUCGAGGUGAUGUGGCACGAGAGCAGAAGAGGAUGUACUUACAAGCGCCAUGUCCGAAGAGGGAGAUGAUGAUCUACCCAGGUCGAGGACCUCGGUCAUAGAAUGAUCUAUUAAAAUUCGCGCCGUGGCACUGCUCGCGGCGCUCCUCUCUCUCUCUCUCUCUCUCUCUCUCUCUCGUUAUUUCCAGUCGCCUUCCUCCGCAGCGCGCUGCAUUUCUGUCAAUAUUUAACGUCGGCGCGAAGAGGGUGCGAUGGCGCAGGUUCUUCUUCACGUUUACGACGUGACCAAUAGCGCGUCGGAGAAGACAAACAAUGCCAUUCGACAGGUCAAUAAGAUCAUGAGGGACACGAUGGGCAUUGGCGGGAUAUUCCACGGCGCCGUGGAGGUACACGGGGAGGAGUGGUCGUUCGGGUAUUGUGAGCGCGGGUCCGGUGUGUAUUGUUGCGCACCAAAGCGGAACCCCAUGUACACUUUCAGAGAGACGGUGGUGCUGGGGAUGACGCCUCUGGACAAGAGGAAGGUCAGGGAGAUAGUGGAGAGAAUGGGCUACGAAUGGCAGGGAAGGACUUACGAUCUACUGGCGAAGAACUGUAACCAUUUCUGCGAAGCAUUCUGCCAAAUGUUAGGCGUAGGGCCCAUCCCGGGGUGGGUCAACCGCUUCGCGCAUGCUGGAGAUACAGCAGUGGAGGUAACGACUAGCACUCUGAAUCAUCUGAGACAGGUCAGACAGGAUGUCAACGUAGCGGCGAGACAGGCGUAUCGGUUUGUGUUUGGGGGGCUGGUCACUGGAGGGAAUUCCACAGCGGGAGGAAGUGGGGUUAGUGGGUUCAGUAGCGUUAGGGAAACUGGAAGCUCAUCGCAAUCAACACAUCAGCGAGACGAUGGAGGAGGCAGCCGAGGUCCGAAUCACCAGAUCAAAGACUCUCCACUCGCGCGACAAUGGUUCUCUUUGUUUCGAUUUGGCUCGCCCGUCAGGGACUCUGAUCAGCGCCGAUGAGUCUUUCCGCCCGGCUAUGUACGCUUGCUUAAGCUCCCCCCUCCUGACACACACACAGAGAGAGAGAGAGAGAGAGAGAGAGAGAGAGAGAGAGAGAGAGAGAGAGAGAGAGANAGAGAGAGAGAGAGAGAGAGAGAGAGAGAGAGAGAGAGAGAGAGAGAGAGAGAGAGAGAGCUCCCUGCGGGUCUGCAUGAAUGAAUGCCUUGAUGAUGUGUCUCAGAGAUGAAUACAUCAGUUAGGUCCCGCACGGUGCCUCGAUGUGCGUGUGAGAGAGGUCCGCGUCCUUGCGAGUCCGAAUGGAUGAAUCCCUUGAUGUGUGUGGAGAGAGAGAGAGAGAGAGAGAGAGAGAGAGAGAGAGAGAGAGAGAGAGAGCUACUAUGGCGUAGCCUGUAGUUAGGUUGAAGCUCUCAAAGAGCUAGUUGUGUGAAGACCCCCCUCCUGCAAAUGGAGGAGGGAUUCGUUUCUUUGUCUUUUCUUUGUUAGUGUUACGUUCGCUUGCCGCGCAAUCUGUCGCUCUCAUUAACUUACUCCUGUGCUGCAUGCUUGGUUUUCUCUAGGAUAAGUCAGGUGCCUCACGUGUGCCGGCGGGCUCAUCCCUGUUCAUCCUCUCAUUAACCUAACCACACAUUGUCGAGUCAUAUUCUUAGAUUGCCGCGGCAGCACGUUUAGGGAUGCCAUGGUGAUUGAUUAUCUCUUCCCUGAUCAUGGAAGGGGUGGCUUUCUUCUACGCAGGAUAAACGAAAGCCAUUAAUAAAGACUUGCCAUUGCUUACCUCGGAGCUCUGGAUCCUAUGUCCUUCGCCGAUACCUGACAAGUUAAUGUGUUCUGUUUCCAGUCCUUGCGCUCCUCUCGCCCUUCCUAAAUACUUCGUGUAGCGGCGUGACGUUGUCUCCCUAUAUAAUUGCAGUUCUGUACGACUUCCGGCUUCGUUUAACAACCGCUAUCUUUCUUCCCACCGCCCUCGUUGCUGGUAGGCCCGCUAUUGUUCAGUUCGCUUGUCGGAUUGACUAUCCCACGGCCGAAGACUCGGUUUGCGGUGUUGGCCAGAUUGUUAGAACGGUGGUUUUCGACCACUCACCCAGACAUUAUCUUCCUCUCUCCCUCUCGACGCAGGCAAGAGGCAGAGGAACGUCUCUUCAUAUGUGAAACGCGGUGUUUAUUUAUGUGGGAGAAGCAUGCCAGCGGGUGGCACCUGUGCGCGAGCGCGCCACAGACACACACAGAGAGAGAGAGAGAGAGAGAGAGAGAGAGAGAGAGAGAGAGAGAGAGAGAGAGACGGCCGGGGGUGCUCCGGGGGAGAAGUGUGCAACUGUAGACAUCAGAGACGCGGGGUGAGAGAGAGAGAGAGAGAGAGAGAUGGCCGGGGGUGCUCCGGGGGAGAAGUGUGCAACUGUAGACGUGAGAGACGCGGGGUCGGAAAAUUUAUUCGAAUCACAACGUGCGCAAUAACACAUAGGAAGGCCGUGAAAGUCACAACAACCUGUGCAGCUAAAUUUCUUGCUUUUGUACAUUUGGCGUUUUCUAAAGUGCAGAUUGUAAACGUUGGUUGUCUUUCUUCUGUUCUCUUUUUCUGUUUGUUUUCUUUCCACCCCCUCCUUUCUCGUUGUGGGAAAUGUGCCCACUGGCCAAGAUUCUCAUUGUGACACGUUGACGAGUUUUUCUUCUAGUCAUGGAUAUUUGUAGGUGGAAAAAAAAAACCAGAGAAGGGGGUAGAAGACAAGGCGAUGACGUUUCCAGAGCCAUUGUGAG